AUGACUCUUGAAGGUCAUGAUAUUCCAAUUUUAGCAUUUAAAAAUUUACAUGCUGGAUACAGUUAAAUGCUUAUCGGUAUAAGCAGAAAUUUAGUGAUUGAAUGGGAUUUACUGAAGUCAAGUGUAAAUUUAACUGAUUAUUUAUAUGUUAAUAUGUCCCUAUAGACACCUUUCGACUUAUAUAUUAAAGCUACUCUGUAUUAAAACUAAUCUUAAUAGAAAAGAAUAAUUUUUUUAUUUAAACAAACACUAAAAAAUAAUAGUCAAUGA